AUGUCCUCACCAUCACAAAACACCACUCCUUUGGGUGAAUGGGUUGAUCAUAUCCUCCAUCUCGCAUUUUUUCAGCCCGAUGACGAACUAUCCGAACAGACGAUUGAAACCAGCUUCAGUCGUGAUCUUAAAGUAAGGAUCAACGGCACCGCCCUGGCCUACGAGGACUACAAAAAUGCCAUCGCCAGGAACCGUGCACAGUAUGAACUUUCACUCGAAAGCAACCGGGAACUGCUUGCAACUCGCGAGGCAAGUGAGGCUGUCAAUAGCGGGGGCUCGGUUGCACAUAUAUCUACAUUCAUUUUGAAGGAUAAGCAAAAUGGUCUAGAGAAGCGGGAAUCAACUGUUACCUUGGCGACUGUGGCCAUUGUUGAUGGAAAGAAGUUACUGAUGGAGUUAACUGAAGUUUUCCGUUCAGCUUAG